CCUUGUAGACUACGAAGCCUAAACCAAACCACCAAAAUGAAAUCCUUCAUUGUUUUCGCUCUCCUCGUCGCUGCGGCCGUCGCUCUCCCUACUCAAACCGACUCUAAAUCCGCCGUCAUCUUAAGAUCAGAAAAUGACAACAUUGGUGUGGAUGGAUACCAUUACUUUAUCGAGACAAGCGACGGCAAAGUUGUUGAGGAAAACGCUGUCGUGAAGAACGUUGGCACUGAAACAGAAGGCAUCGAAGUCCGCGGCCAGUACUCUUACCCCGGUCCAGACGGCGUCGUCUACACCGUGAACUACAUCGCCAACGAGAACGGCUUCCAGCCCCAAGGCGCCCAUCUCCCUGUUGCCCAAUAAAUACCAGCGAAAAUGAAAAUGAUCUAGUCUACGACCAUUAGGUUUCUAAUCGACUGUCUUGUUGGACUUGCACAUAGUAAUGAUAGUAAACAUGUUUUUUUGAUUC